ACGUAUAUGGUCUGUGAUUUAGCAUUUGGCAACAGUGGAAUCCAGCCUUGAGAAGAAUUUUUAAUAAUUUUUUGGUUUUCUUGAAAGUUGAUAUAUAAAUAAGAAAUUAGGAAGUGACAAUUAAUUAGUUCUGUUUGGUCUCUACUCUUUGUAUUGUGCUAUCAAAUGUAAAUUGUCGUUUUUUAUGCUCAACAGAUAUCUGAAGACUCGUGGUAAACAGUGAAGAAUAAGGGAAUAAUCUUGAACAAAUACUGGACAGUGGCUGCAAAAAUUAUAAAAAAAGAAAAAUUUCAAAUAUCAAAUAUGUUUAAAGGAGAAGCUGAUUUGCCUGCUGAAUUGGAAUCUCAGUUUAUUCUACGUUUACCAGCCGAACCAGCUAGGAUACUAAGGGAAGCAAUAAGAAACAAUAGUACUUUGAAAGAUAGGGUAACUAUAAAACUUGAAAAUGACAUGCGUCAUGGGGAAGUUAGAGUGGACCAUUGGCUUAUGUCUGCAAAAGUAGUUGAUUUGCCCACAAUCGUUGAAUCAUUAAAAACCAUUGAUGGCAAAGGUUUCUAUAAAACAGCUGAUAUAUGUCAGAUGUUGAUUUGUAGAGAAGAUGAUGAUCAAACUACUACUGAUGAGGAUUCUCCUCAGAAAAAGAAGAAAGAUCCAAAUAAAGUGGAAAAGAAAUAUUUAUGGCCACAUGGUAUUACCCCGCCUACUAAAAAUGUUAGAAAACGUCGUUUCAGAAAGACAUUGAAGAAAAAAUAUGUAGAAGCACCUGAAAUAGAAAAGGAAGUGAAAAGGCUUCUGAGACUAGACAAUGACGCUGUAGGUAUAAAAUGGGAUGUUAUUAAUGAAGAAGACGAAAAAGUGAAUAAAGGCACAGUAAUUAAGAAAGAUCCUGGAGAGCCCCCUAAAAACGUAGCUGAACAUGAUAUCUUUGGAGGAGCUGUCAGUGACUCAGAAGAAGAAGAUGCCCAUCUGAAUGUUUUAGAUGUUUUGGAUGAAAAUAGUCAAAAUUCGGGAGAAGAUAGUCAUCUGACGGAUUCAAAUUCAGUUUUGAAUAAUUCUGCUGAAUCAAAGCUGCUGACUGAGUUCACAAGCGACAUGUUCCGUGACAUUCAACAUUCUCCUAAUCUCAUGCAGGAUAUGGACUAUUAUCAUCAUUCAACUUCUAGUAUGUCAUAUAGUGAAUCACAUUUCCGAACUCCAGAACAAAAAGUGAAUAUUCAAGUUCGGUUAGAUGAAAUAGAUGCAGAAUUAGCUGAUUUGAAAGCCAAAAGACAACAGCAAGAAGUGAAAAUUGAAAACAUUGAAAAUCUGGCACUAAGACAGCGGUUUCAAGAUAGCUUGGAUAGUUUACUGCAAGAACAGAUAGAAAAAGAGAACGAAAAGUACGAUUUAUUGGAAUUGUUGAAACAAAACCUGGACUGACAAUCAAUUCUCCUU